CGGAUGUGUCGUUCUGCCGUUUCCCUCCCUCUGGUUUGAGAAGGAGACCGAGCUGUGCGGAGCGAGAGAGAAAAAAAACCCAUAAGCAGGCAGGCAGGGAGGGAGGUGCUCGGUUCGGUUCUUGCUGAGUUCCUAGUCUUCCAUCAUGAAUCCGGUUUAUAGCCCCGUUCAACCUGGGACUCCUUAUGGAAAUCCUAAGAACAUGGCUUACACAGGUUAUCCUGCAGGUUACCCUACAACUGCACCAGCCUAUACUGCUAAUAUGUAUGCUAGUGGCAGUCCUGGAUAUCCUCCAGCUUUAUUCAUGAUGAGGCAGAGCUGGCCACAGACAUCAACUUCUGGUGCCACUGAGGGUACUUAUGACCUCCCAGUCGAUGCUGGCACUGAAAGCAGAACUUUCCAAGCUUCUUCUGCGUCAUUCAGAUACACUGGAGGAACCCCCUACAAGGUAGCACCUACUCAGAGUAAUGGUGCACCACCACCAUAUUCUCCAUCUCCAAACCCUUACCAGACUGCCAUGUAUCCCAUUAGAAGUGCCUAUCCACAGCAAAAUCUGUAUGCCCAGCAGGGGGCUUAUUAUACACAGCCUGUGUAUGCAGCACAACCCCAUGUAAUUCACCAUACCACGGUAGUGCAACCCAAUAGCAUUCAACCUGCAAUUUACCCGACUUCUGUCCCUGCGCCACGGACCAAUGGGAUGGCUAUGGGUAUGGUUGCUGGGACUACCAUGGCGAUGACAGCAGGGACUCUGCUGACCACGCCACAACAUACUCAACUAGGACCACAUCCUGUUUCUGUGCCAACGUACAGGACUCAAGGAACACCUGCGUAUAGCUACGUACCUCCACACUGGUAAAUUCGCAAACCAAUUCAUAUCUGGAGUCAGACAUUGUAUGCAACUACUCAAGUCUUACGUUGGUGCUUGUGCAUCGAAGCCACGUGGCACCAAAUUUGUUUGCAAGGACAAAGUCAAAGGUCACUUUAUGCAUUGUGUUUUUUUUUGUAAAAGCUGCUUUUCUCCAAAUUUCUGCCUCAUUUAAGUUCUUUUCCAUCAUAGCUACUCAAAAUUGUUACUGACCAACAUUUGUUAUUACCAGUGAGGCUAUGGCCAAAGGGGCCUAUUCAAUGGUGAGAGGACAUCCUUUUAAAAAUUGCAUGUUUCACCAUUUCUGUUAUUCAGAUCCCAGAUGGAGGUCUACAUUGAGAUUUAAAAGCAAAAAAUUGAGCCCAACCUGAAUUUGAUGCAUCAAUCCUAAGCAAGGCAAAACAUUAUUUCAGUCUAAAGGGAAAGUGCGACUGUCUCUUUGAUCUGAUUGGUAUUCUCAAUAUAACAAAUAGCAGCCAUAAAACCUGAGAUGUUCAGUUAGAACAUUAACCUUUCUAGUUGCAUUUAAAAGGCAUCAUCAAUAUUAGUACUCACCACUGAAAUGGCCUUUGAUCUUUUUUUGUUUUUGAUAGAAUUAUUCAGGAAAGCUUUGAGGGGUUAAAGGGAUAUAGAAAUAAUGGCGCACUCAUUGCUACAGCACAGUGAAUUCUUGGGAUGGCUUAAGUAAUGCAGCAUUACUUGUUUGAAAUAGUUGGCCAGAUUCUUUGUUCAAGAUGAAGUAAUUGGCUCACCACCGUUUCUUCCUGCUGCCAAUUCAUUACAGCUAUUAAAUCAGCAUUGUGUUCAUUUGGGGUUCUAAAUACAGCUUGUGCUGUAUUGAAAGUGAUAUUACUAUGGCAUUGGCUUUACUUUGCUGCUUGUUAAAGAAAAAUAAUCUGGAUUCAUGAUGCACAAAGGUCGUUCUCCUCAAACCUGUGAAAUUCUACCACCGUUAAGCUCCUUAGUAUCCUGGGUUUAUGCUGUCUCCCUCAUUAAAUUGAUCUAGUUGUCAGUUUGUUAAAGUUAUUACUGACAUUUUUGCAAUUAUUUGGAAGUUUAAAAUGUCAUUUAAAUAUUGUACAAUUUCAAGCAAAGUAAUUAGUUUUCAGAUAUUUCUUAAUGAAAAGACCUGAAUAGAAGAACACUGCAAUUUUAAAACUCUUGAUGGUCUUAGUUGAUAGGAAUUUGUGGAACAUACCAUCCACAUAGAAUGGGUGCAGUGUUAAUUUAUGAAAAUAUUAAUUCACAGCCUGGCAAAUGAAUCCUUUCCAUCUUGUUUUGGGAAUGAAUGUAAAUGACUGGAAAGCACUGACAAAGGUAUGAGGGUGAAGUAUUUUGAAUUUUAGGGAGUACAUAUUUUCCUUCAACUUAGAAAUGACCACAUAUCAAAAUUCUGUCAAAACACAUAAGAUAGGUUAUGUUGCACAAUACAUAUAUAAAAAUAAUCUAUGCUAAUAAACAGGUACAAGACUUUAUACAUGAAUAUAUAUAUAUAGAUAUGUAUGUAACACGCCCGUAUUGUGUUUGUGGUUGGCUUUAUAGACUGAUUCUUGAAGAGAAAACUAUACAACACCUAGGUUUUAAAUAGAAUUGUAAUCAAAUAUAUUAAACUUCGCAGUCUGCUCCGGCAGAUUUUUUUACAUUCAGAUCACAUAAUUAAAAGAGGUUAAUUGGAUAAUUUCCUAAAACGCAUGUGGUGUUUUCUAUGCACUCACUGCAAUCCUAACCAAAUAAAGCUAUGGUUGUAAGGAGCAGCGCUUUGCUUUAAAGUAGCCUGUUUAAUAAUGGUAGGAAAGAGGGUAUAUUCUGCAUUAUCAAAGGAGGCAUUCUGAUGCUGAAGUAUUAAGGCGGUCUAAGUUUAAAAUGCUCAGAUUUGUAAGUAGUCAGAAAUGAUUGUUGCCGAAGAUUAAUUUUAAAUCUUAAUAUUUCAGCAAAUUUAAUAUUUAAGGUAUAGACAAAUCUGAUCCAUUUUGUGUUUAAUUGUGACAUUCUUGAGCAACAUUCCAUUAAGAAAAAAUGAGUUGGCUUAGCAUAUUAAAAGAAAAACUUCAGAGAGUUUUUUUUUGCUAGAACAGCCAUUAUUUGGUCUACUGUUUAAAUUUGCCUGAAAUUCAGUGAUGGAUCUCUUAAAACUGCUGUACCGUUGAUUUCACCAACUAGUUAAUUUGUCAAUGGAAAAAUAGAAUUAUUGACUAAUUUUCCUAAAUCAUUCCACAUGAGAAAAUGAGGCUUGGCUACAGUGUUCAGUAUCCACCAGCUUUCCAUUACUGCAUUACAAACCCUGCAGUGAUUAAAUGGUAUUCUUCACUGCCUUGAAGGAUUGAAGUACAAAUUAGUGAUGAGGGCUCUCGCAUCCUGGCAAAAUAGGGAAGGAGAAAUCUUUGGUUUUCCAUUCAAGUUAUAUCACAAGUGAUUGAGAAACUGUCCAAUCCAGUGGAGACAUCAGAAGCAUCAGGCGUGCAGAUGUCUUAAGCUGAAAUUUAUUUGGGCAUUGCAAGUUUGAUACCAUCUGCCUUUAAAUUGAAACUCAAAACUAUAAAAUGGGCACUUAGUAAAAAAAAAUAUGGUUUCCAAAUUACUAGGUACUAAUUGAAAGCAAGAUGCAAGUGAGCAAUUUUGAACAGAACCAGCCACUAUUGAUGCAGAUGAUAAUCUUGUGAUUGUUUUCAGUGAGAUUUUUUUUUACAUUUCACUGAGAAAUCAUGAGUGCAUCAGUGCAAACUAAUUACUGCUCUUAAAAUCAGCAGUUUAGCUUUCUACAGCAUGUUAAUGAUGGGGGGGCAAGCAUCAAGUUUUACUUCAAGGACAAUAUGCAAAGAAAUGUGGUUUUACUGUAAUUGUCUUGAGGUUAAAUUUCCCACUAAUUUGUAUGAAUGGAACUGGCAAAUGGGAAUUAUUCAAUGUGAUGUUAGCUAGUUAUGCCCUAUUGACUUAACUGGUUUUAGGCAUCUUCAAAAAAUGUUUGUGCCUGAUGUAAAAGUAGUAUCUCCCAGCUCAUUGCAAAGGACCGAAUUCUGACUGCUCUUUGUAUUACUAAUAUUUUGUAAAUGAGGGUGUAUUAAUAAGUGGGGGCUAACAUUUCAGUCAUUAUUGAGAAGAUUAGGUUCAGAUUUUUGUAUUAAAUUUGCUUCACUUAAUGUCAAUUAAUAUACACAGGUAGGCUUGCAAGACAGUCUAAAUCCAUUUAUCCCUGAUGGAACUUUAUCCUCCAGCCAUUUAAUUAGUCCAUGUGAUUUUAUUUAAAAUCCCAUUGUUUCAAUAUUGUAUAAUUAGUUUUGUCACAAUUUUCUCUUUUUUUAAACUGGGGUUUCUUCAUAUGAACAGAAAAGUACAAUUUUCUAAGCAGAAUUAUGUAAAUUUUGGACCAAAAUCAAAACUGUCUUAAAUUUGGUUCCAGUUUAUGGUGAAUUGAUGAUAUUACUCCUCCAUAAAUAAGCUGCUUAAGUAGGGAGAGUUGCUCUGAAGCAUGGACAAACUAACCUGAGAGCACUUUACUCUAUCAAAAUUGACAACCCCUGCCCUCCAGACUUGAGAAUGCUUAAAGCCAAAGUGCAGAUUUUGAAUACAAUAAAUUCAUUAGAUUCUUUAAAUCCUUUUAAAUCUCACCCUUUUGCUAUAUUUUCAAAAGAAUAUAGCUGAUUGGUUUUGGAUAAUUUAACCGCUGCUCACUAGGCUGUUUUACUAAAUAGUUCACCAUUUGUCAGAUCAGUAUUGUGUCACCAGUUAAGAUAUUUUUCUAUCACUGCCCACAGAUAAGUGAUCACUUGGCUACAGACUAUAAGAUGUGCUUUGCUAAUUCCUAUUUUGAUAAAAUCUGCACUCAAUUACUAUUUCUGGUGACUUCAAUGCAGGUAAAUGCAUCUUUAUCAAGCAUAUAAAAUGUUUAUUUACUGAACUUGAACAUGGGAGAUGCAAUUCUUUAAUAAAAGUUAUUGGUGUACAUAGAGCAACAGCAGGCAUUGUGGUGGUCUUGUUAAUAAAACUUAAUGGCCAACACUGUAAUGUUUUUCAACUAUUAAAGUGCUUGCAGUACUGCUCUGUGGAGCAUUUUUUAUUUACAUCCAUAUGGUUAAUAGAAUUGGAAUCCUUUAAUUUUGCAAAGUCACCAGAAAAAAAAAAUUUGAGUAAGAAUGUGUAAGUAAAUGGGUUUCCAACAGUUUGCCUGAUGUUCUUGUCUUGAACAUAGCCUUGUUAUGCACUUUGUGCUGCAUAAUGUUAGCAAUAGCUGAACUUGCAUUAUUGUGUACUUUUGUUCCUUCUUACCAUUUUGUUAAAUUAACAGAUUUUUAAUUCUUACUUCUGCCACAUUUUUGAAAGGAGAAAUUGGUGCCCAUGAUUUCAGUGCAGUUGAAUUUUUAUUGGACUAAGCAUACUCUUAGUAUAUAAUCAUGCAUUUUAAGAUGGCAUGAUAUUUCAGAAUAUGACUAAAGCAUUAGGAACAAAUUCAAAUUGUUCUGUGGAAGUUGCAGGUUGUUCUUAUAAUAUUGAAUGACUAAUUUGGAUACUGCCAGAUAACUAAUGUAAUUUUUAAAAUAUAUUGUUGACUGUUUAGCUCAUAACCAGUGUGUAAUUGCAACAAAAAAAAAAGCAUACCAAGGCAACUGGGCACUUGUAGUUAAUUCAACAUAACCAGGUUUACCAAUUCAGUUAUUAAUAUACAUGACCUUCUAAAAGAUUUUUGUACACCUUUGCUAAAUUAAGUACUGUAAUGCAAGACUUGAACAAUGCAUAUUAAUAGUUGUACUGGCCCAAUUCAAUGUCAUAAGUACUUCAGAAUAUCAAAUUUAUAUAGGAGAGAUUAAACGGUGUGUACGAGUGUUGCUCCUGUAUUUUAAAGAAAGAUAACCUAGGAAACCUUUGCAGUUCAGAUAUGUAAUUUAAGCGCUUUUUACCAUAAGUGUUAUUUAAGUUGUUUAAUGAUUGAUGUUUAUUAUUCUUAAUAGAAAAAAAAACUUUAUGGUUUAACUGAAGUUGGAUGCUUCUUUGAGCUACAGGGAGCAUUUCAGAACACAAGUCUGUGGGCUUUCCUUUUACUGUAUUUCAAUUGCAGUUUUGGACUUCCUUAUUUUGAAUUCUAUUGGAACACUAAUAAAGCAAGAGGAGAAUUAUGGAAAUGUCAUUGUCUUCCAAGUGUAGUUCACAGAACCUGUGUUUUAAUAACACAGCUUAGAAGUUACUUAUGGAAUUUGAAAGACCCACAGAUUACACUUGUGACUAUGAAGUGUAAAUCUGUUUUUUUAUUUUGUUUUUAUUUGGAUAAGAUCAGUUAGUGAUCUAAGUGACAGAAUUAAGCCAAGAGUUUGUAAUUGUAUAUUUACUGUAAGAUGUAGAACAUUCAAUAACUAUUAAAAUGUUUACAAAAAAAUGCGUUUGUCAUUU